AGCCACAUGUAGCUGUCAGAGGUGUUUUGAAAAAAGGGGCUCGGCUCAGCCAAGACGAGAGAGACGAGCGGCAAGGGAAGCGGCUCCCGGGGUCUGCAGCUGCUGCUCUCAGAAUUGGAGGAGGAUGUACAGCUUCAUGGGUGGGGGCUUGUUCUGUGCUUCUCUGGGGAACAUCCUCCUGGUGGUGUCGACGGUGACAGACUACUGGAUGCAGUACCGAUUGGCAGGCGCCUUUGCUCACCAAGGACUCUGGAGAUACUGCUUCCCUGGGAAGUGCUACAUGCAGCUGGAGAGCAUUGUCUUAUUCCCUGCAGCCUACUGGAAUGCCACCCGGGCCUUCAUGAUCCUCUCUGCCCUCUCUUGCUUCGCUGGCAUCAUCACCGGCAUCUUUUCCUUCGCCCAGUUCUCCACUUUCCAGCGCUUCAACAGAUCCUUUGCGGCUGGCGUCCUGUUCUUCGUUUCCACGCUCUUUGUCCUUCUGGCAAUGGGGAUCUACACUGGGGUCACGGUCAACUUCCUUGGCAAGCGAUUUGGCGAGUGGCGUUUCUCCUGGUCUUACAUCUUGGGCUGGGUUGCCCUCCUGAUGACUUUCUUUGCAGGUAUAUUUUACAUGUGUGCCUACAAGAUGCACAAAUGCCAGCAACUGGCUGUGAACCGCUAAGAUUUCGGCACCCACCAUGGCUCUGCAAUGUUUAAAGAACUGACGUGUGAGAGGUAGAGAAUGGUGUUGUGUGAAAAAAAGAGAAAUGGCUCUUUAAGAAAUGCUCAUCAUUUGAGGCAAAGAAGCUCAGCUGGAAUCCCAUGGUUCAGAUAUCAGCCCAGCCAUGCACUCACUGGAUGACUCAACCUCAAUGCCUGCAAUACAGAAAUAAUGACACUGGCCUACCUUACAGGCUUGUUGUAAGGAUUACUGUAUGGUGAUGCACAAAAAAUGUUUGGAGAAGGGGCUUUUCCUGGGAUGGAAGCAAAGCGGUCAAAGAAGAGCUUCAGUGCACAUUGUGGAGCUGCUGAAAACCUUGAUACAUUAA